AUGAAGAAAAUGGCGGCUCGGGACUUCGAAGACAUCCUCCAGUGCUUGCUUCCCGUUUGCGAAGGUCUCUUCGGUGAAUUCGAUGCCCUGGUUCAACUUCUGGUAUUCCGCCUGCAGAUCUGGCAUGCAUACGCCAAGUUGCGCCUCCAUACAUCCACCACCAUUGAACGCUUUCGCAAAGCCACCUCCGAGCUCUGUGAAACAGUGCGGAAAUUUGCGCGCGAUACCGCGAAGGUUGAAACCCAUGAGCUCCCACGAGAGCAGAACGCUCGCAUUCGUCGAAAUGCAGCAAAGGCUGCGCGUCGCGCUGAAGCAGGAGACGCUGGGGACGAUGAAGCUGUUGAUGAAGAUCAAACUAUUCCGCGUCGAGCGAAACCACUGAACCUUGAGACAUACAAGUACCAAGCUUCAACCCUGAGCACGAACUCGAGCCCAUCCUACGCUUCAUUUUCAUCCACCAGAGUAAGCUCUGGUCCGUGCUGGUUCAUGCGAUCCAUAACGCGUCGCAGACCGAACGCGAGCAAAAUACCAAUAAGUCACGCAUUGCAUCCUCCGCUCAUCGAUGGCGACGAGAGCAAGUCUAACCGGGGCUCUAAUCAUCCCGUCUGCCGCGCUUACUUGCUACCACCAUGCGAACGCGCCAAGUUUCCAGAACUGACCUUUUCUGCCGCUGAUACAAGUGCUACGUAUUCGUACGUCCCUGGUUUUUCUCGACAAUGA